AUGCACACAGAGCACAAGCCAAGCGUGGAGAUGGUCGAGAAGGGGGCCGAUGUCUUGGCCGCCAACCCUCACGAAUCCACCACCAUCUCCUUCAAGCAGUCGCUAACAGAAAACUACAAAACCAUCAUCUUUAGUGUUCUCAUGGCGACCGGUCCGAUGGCCUUUGGAUUCGACGUCAUCAUCGUCGGCGUGGUUACUGCUUUUCCAGCCUUUUUGAUGAGGUUCGGCGAAUUGCACGACGGUAUGCCCAUUUUGCCAUCACUCUGGCUGUCUUUGUGGAACGCCGCGAUGCAGAUCGGCCUCAUGCUGGGUUCUAUAAUGACGGGUUGGAUGUCGGAUCGGUUCGGCCGCAAGAUCUCCAUGAUGCUGGGCGCAUUUGUCACUUCAGCCGGCAUCGCCGUCGUCUACACAUGCGAUCUAAGCGACAGCAUGGGCCAUCGCCGCGGCGCAUUCACGGCCGGCAAGAUUGUCAUUGGCAUGGGUCUAAGCAUGAUGGCCACCACUUGUAUGACGUACAACUCGGAGAUCGUCCCACCCAAGCUACGCGGCAUUGCGUUGUCCCUCUUCCAGUUUCAGCUUGUCUUUGGGCAACUGAUUGCCGCCGUCGUUGCGGGCAGCCAGAUUCCCCAUGGCCUCCAGAUGACGUCGUACCGUAUCUGCUUCGCCACCCAGUGGGCUCUUGCCGGCAUGGCCUUCCUCGCAGGACUGAUGGUGCCCGAGUCUCCUGUCUGGCUGCUCCGCCGCAACGACGAGGCGGGUGCUCGCAAGUCUUUCCGCUGGCUGCAUGGACCUGAUGGAGUCGAGGCUGCCAUGGUCGCCAUCCAGUCAACCCUCGAACACGAAAAACAGGAGCAGGCAGACACUGCUAGUGUCACUUGGGCAGAAUGCUUCAAGGGACAGAACUGGCGCCGCAUGCGCAUCAUCAUCUACGCCAGCGUUGUGCAACAGUUCCACGGUCUCACCUUUGUUGCCAACGGUACCUACUUUAUGAUUGUCGCCGGCUUGUCCCCUACAAACUCCAUCACCGUCCUCGAGAUUGCUACUGGUCUGUCUCUGGUUGCCAUCAUGAUAUCCUGGGUUCUCGUCAAUUAUGUCGGCCGCAGACGCUCUAUCAUGGGCUGCACGGCCUUUUUGGCGGCCGUAUGGCUCUCUGUGGGUAUUGCUGGCUUCUUCUCCAGUCAAGCCGCCCUGUGGUACAUGGGGGUCAUGAUCAACCUAGUCAUGGUUUUCUUCAACGUCGGCGCCGGCCCAGUCAUACCCAUCAUCGCCUCUGAGACCUCAUCGUUCAGACUUCGUGCCAAGGCCAACGCAGUUGGAUUCAUGUGCAGCGGCUUCGCGUCUUUGGUAUUCAAUCUCAGCGUCCCCUACAUAUUCAACGCCGAUGAAGGUAACCUUGGUGGCAAGACUGGGCUCAUCUUCGCAGCUCUAUGUGCAAUUGCCUGGGUGGUCUUCUUCUUUGAACUGCCUGAGAUGAAGAACCGCACUUAUAUGCAACUGGACGAGAUGUUUGAAAACAAGGUCAAGACUCGUGACUUCUAUAAGUAUUAG